CAUGCGGAUUGUUUUCAACCAAACAGGAAGUGAUCUGUUUUAUUGGUGCACACCUCGCUCUGUGUAGCCCUCGAAAUCAAUCCAGGAAGGGUUACUGUCAGACACAAAGUGCAUCAUGGGAGGAGGAGUGCUUCCUCUGGUUAUAGCAAGUGUGGGAGUGUUGCUGCUGUUCCAGAUACUUCUCCGCCUCAGACGGGGAGCAUCCGUCCAGGGUGCAGUCGUGGUCAUCACAGGAGCCAGUUCCGGUCUUGGAAGAGAGUGUGCACGAGUCUUCCACGCUGCAGGUGCUCGGCUUGUGCUGUGUGGAAGAGAUGCGGCUCGCCUGCAAGAGGUGGUGCAGGAGCUUGGUGGAAACUCAGCAGACGGUCAGCGCCAGACUUUCGCUCCCAGCACCAUCGUCUUCGACCUGGCCAGAGCGGACUCUGUGGGAAAAGCUGCCGAGGAGAUCCUGAAAUGCCACGGACACGUCGACGUCCUCAUUAAUAAUGCAGGAAUCAGUUACCGUGGCAACAUACUGGACACCCACAUGACUGUUCAAAGAGAUGUUAUGGAAACCAAUUACUUUGGUCCCAUUUCUCUCACUCAAGCUCUCCUGCCCUCCAUGGUUCAGAGGUGCAGCGGCCACAUCGUUGUCAUCAGCAGCGUCCAGGGAAAGAUAGCGAUUCCUUACAGAUCUGCUUAUGCAGCAUCUAAGCACGCCACUCAGGCCUACUUUGACUGCCUGCGGGCAGAGAUGGGACACCUGGGUAUACCAGUAACGGUGAUCAGCCCCGGGUACAUCAGAACCAACCUGUCGGUCAACGCUAUGACUGGAGAUGGAUCCACGUACGGAGUUGUGGAUAAAACCACGGCGUCGGGUUGGGACCCCAAAGUUGUGGCUCGCGCGGUUCUGAAGGCCGUCCGCCUGAAGAGCAAAGACGUGGUUUUGGCCGGACCCCAGCCCACUGUGGCCGUCUACCUCCGCACACUGUGGCCAGCGCUCUUCUUCAAACUCAUGGCGUCGCGGGCUCGCAAAGAGCAGAGGCACAAAGACGAGUGACGCGGCAGCUGAAGGGGAUUACGUACGAGCGAGUCGGGCCAAACUGGGACUCUGGACGCUUGAGGUCAAGCGGAUUUGAAGUGGACAGAGUGAGCUCUUUGGCAAUUCUUCACACAGAAACCGGCGUGUUUUUUUUGCAUAAUGUUACCUACUGUUAAAAUGCUCUGGAACUGAUCAGGUGAGCCCAGCUGCUUCCUGCUAGAAAUGACAUCAGAGUAUGACCAGAAAUCUGUUUCAAUGUCAUUUGUAAAUGCCACAUCAUUAUUUAUCAUAAACAGAAGAAUCGGAGACCAAAUGAAACGGGAGGUGAUGUGAUAUCAACUGCUUGCAGUUUUGUUAAAUGACUUAAUAAUCUGAUGACAAUGGAUAAAAAUCCUCCAUGUUUUGGUUCUGACCCCAUCAACUUAGUUUUCAGGGAUUCGUUUUAAACAGUCAUACUCCGUUUUUUUCCCCCAGACAUUUCCUCCUUAAGGAAAACGCUGUUUAUCUCCAUUUCCUGUUUAGCCUCAAUAAUGCAUUUUUCAGCCUCCUGCAGCCACGUGCAUACAAUUUGGAGGCGUGUGCGCAGGUAUAUGGGGAAAGCAUGUUAGUCAUAUAACUAUUUAUUACUGCAAAUUUGAAUUGGUGUGGUUUGAAAGGCUUGCAGAUAAAUGAACAUUUUCACAACUUAAAGUUCACCUAAAUCAGGUGUUAGUAUUUAUGGCAGAUCUAUAGAUCAGUGAAAACAUCCCAUGUCUGGGACAUCAGCACAAGAAAUGACAAGCAGAUGUUGCAUCUAUCUUUAUACACUGAAUAAAAACAGCUCUUACAAAACUUAAAACAGGUUUAUCCUUUUAAGAUGACACCUUAAUAUUAAGUUAAACAGAGAAAAACACUUUAAGAAAUGUUAAUAAAUAGUCCAAAUAUCAUUUUUUUACAUUAUGUUACACGGGCGCAGAGAAUAUUGGAAUUAACAUUUGUACAAAUCCUUCAACGGAAAAAGACAAAACGUUCCAGAUUAAAAUACAAAACCUGCCAUUUAUUCCUUAUACAUAUGUAUAUAGAGAGCCUCUAGUGUCACAAAAUGAAGCUAAUUUUUGAUAUCCUCCACAUCGCAGAGCUUCCACAAUGUGAAGUCAAAGCCACUGAGGCGCCAAAAGAAACGCGACGUCUUCAAAUUACUUUCGUGGAAUGACGAUUAAAAAGCUGUCCUGCAGUUUGUACUCCAACCGUGCAGAAGAUGUUCGCAAAUAUAAACCCUGAAUGCACCAAGUGUGGGCUAACAGCAGGAUGCGUGUUGCAAAACGCUGCACGGAUAAAGAGGAACCUGUUGUCUUAAUUAGAGUGACAUGAUGUCAGAGUACGAACAAGUUCAGAAGCCAAUCAUGUUGAUUUCAGCUAUAGUGUUUUAGUACAAUUUAGUAACAGUCAAAGGGGGAUUAACUUUCAGGGAGUUGUUUUAAUUAAUGAUAAAAAGGGGAAAAAAAAACAAACUUAAAUUAAGCUAAGAGUCUACUAUGGCUUUAGUGUUUGAUCCAGUUACAUUCUUCUCACUGUUUGCUUUUACGCUUUUUCAGCUACGUGUAAACCAAACAAACAUGGCUGAUGGGGGUGGGGGGGGGAAGCACCACAGAAGUAGAUUCACGGCUAAUAAUCUCAAUAAUCCAGGUGUCCAUAUCGGGGGAAAAAAGCAUUCAAAACCUGCACAAUUCGUAUAAAAUAAAGCGCCAGCUGGUGAAAUGUAAAAAAAU